UUUUCUCACGUUUUAAGCAACGACUGUAAUUUUGACAUUGUAUAAACAGUUUAGACUAAAUAGUGAAAGUAAUGAAUUCAACCAUAGUGUUUUGAAACUUUAAAAAGUCUUACAAACGAUAAAUUUUGUGUUUAAGACAAAAAAAAAAAAAAUUAAGUGUAUUUUAUUAAAAAAAAAUUGAUAAUGGCUGAUGAUAGUGGGUACGAAACCAAAUCACUCUCAGUGACUAAUUGUUCAACAGCGGCAUCAAGUACUGGUAGUUUAACACCACGUACACCCCCAAAUUGUGCACGGUGUCGUAACCAUCGUAUGAAAAUACCAUUACGUGGACAUAAACGUUAUUGCCGUUUUCGUAAUUGUUUAUGUCAAAAAUGUAAAUUAACUGCAGAAAGGCAACGUGUUAUGGCUAUGCAAACAGCAUUACGUCGAGCACAAGCUCAGGAUGAAGCGAUGUUAAGCGGUCAAAACCGUGAGUUAAUGUUUGCUAGUCCACCACAUCGUCCAUCAUCAUAUAAUGGACGAUCACCGGGAACACGUAGUUGUAGUGGAGAUUCAGCAGCUAAUUCUCCAACUUCAACGUCAGGUAGUGGUGGACCAUUAUCAAACCCAGCAAACUUGAACGGUUCGAACAGUAUACCACUUCCAUCAUCAAGAAUGUUGGAAAAAGAGCAUAGAAAGUCUCCUUAUUCAUAUAGAAUUGCAGAUUCACCAUCUGGUCGUUUUAAUAGCGAUACAGUACACGCUGAAUCAUCUUUUCAGCCAGUUUUAGUAAAUGGUUCAAUAAAUCGCUCUACAUCUAGAAAACCUCCAUCACCAAGUUCCACAUCAGAUAAUAGUCAAAUUUCACGAAAAACAUCACUUACAUCUGGUGGUGCAAACAAUUAUAUUUCACCACCGCCAACUCGUAAUGAUUCAUUAACAGCAUCGCCGUCCUCAACUCACGGUCAGUCUGUCAUUCAAUCAGGUGCAAUUGGAGUGGAAACAACGGCAUCACCAACAACGGCGUACACACCAGGAAAUCAACAACAUCCAGUGCUAUUACCUGCUAAUUGUAUUCUACCAACCAGUCUAAGCCACGUGCCGGCACCUACUGUUUUUUCAAUAACACAUCCACUUUCACAAAAUGGUAAUCCUUUUGCUGACAAUAAACGUGAAGAAGUGGUGUUGGACUAUUGUUCGCGGCUAUUAGAUAAAUUGAAAUAUCCAUGGGAAGUAAUGCCAUUAUUAUAUGCAAUUUUAAAUGUUUGUGAUUGGGAUCUGGAUGAAUCUCUUAGAAGGAUUAAUGAAGGUUAUGCGGUAGUGGGUUAUUAUGGGUUAGAUUGGGCGAAACAAAUGGAAAUUUUAACUAAAUAUCAAGAGCAACGGGCAUACAUCAAUUCAUUAUAUUCAUUAACGUCUGGCAACUUUCUUGGUGAAGUUUAUGCAUCAUUACCUGGUGGUACAUUACCAACAAUCGGAGAAAAUAGUGUAAUUAAUGGAAAUAUCUUACAUAGACCACAAUCAUCACCUAGACCACGACCAGGAAGAUCAUGAUUAGUAAAUGAACUUAAGAAUAAUUUAAAUUAUACGUCAACAUCUAUUUCUACUGACCUCAUCACCGAUAAUAAUAUGCAACCAAAAUGAUUAGUCGAACAUAAUUAUAACUAGUUUAUACAUGGCACCAAUUAAAUAUAAUUCGUCAUGUGAAAUUAUACAUUACUUUAUUAACUACAAUCUAAAUUAUCUAUCUAUAUGCUGAAUGGAAUUACGAGGAAUAUAUACGCAGGGGUGCCGCUGUUUAUUACUGAUAUGUGUAUUAAACACAUACAAAUAUUCACAGAAAUCUCACCAAGUCCAGGACAAAUUUUUACUUUGCACUUGAUACCUUUUAAUGUUUUUUAAACUUGACGUAUUCAAAUCUUUGCAAUUCAACAAUAAAAACUUUAUUUUUUCUUCCAAAAUACCUGAAUUUUUAGGUCAACUUCUGUGAAAAAAAUGCAAUCAAGAAUUUAUUUAUUUAAAAAUAUUGUUUUGAUUGUAAUGUCUUUUAUCCAGGCGCGUAGUUUGCAAAUCUUUGCUGAAACGUUGCGAUUUUUGUUGAUAAAUCAUUCCAAAAAACAAAUCAGUCUUGAAAAAGGUUGUAGAAAGUUAAAUUCUAGAUUUAUUCUGUAACGAUAAAACAAAACACACAACUAAAAACUUUGAAAUUUGAAGUUUUAUUUGUUAUCCGUCAUGAAAGUCAUGUAUCUAAUUGGUCAUUUAUUUAAUAUCCAUAGCAGUGAAUUCCAAAUACUUGUAACUUAAUUAAAUAAAAAUA